UGCCAGGUGAGACAACACAGAGGGACUUUGCACACGUGAAGACCUUCAGGGAGUUAUUGGAAACAAUAUAAGAGGCUCAUUGAUAAGGACACUCCGACUGUUCUUAAACAGAGACCACACCAGCAGACCAGAGCUCAGCGGUCGGACCUGCGCAUCCACUUGUUGAGUUCAUAGUAGUUCACCGUCGCUCUAUUUAAGAGGCAACAACAUGGCACACGGUCUGGUCAAACGGGAGUCGGUGGAAACGGAGAUGCACAAGUCAGAAGACAAAAGAAAAAUGUUCGUUUACACCAAGAAGAGGGGCUACGAUGUUACCCGGAACCCCCAGCUGAACAAGGGCAUGGCUUUCUCCCUGGAGGAGCGUCUCCAGCUGGGGACCCACGGCCUGUUGCCUCCCUGCUUCAUCAGCCAGGACAUCCAGCUGCUCCGAGUGCUCAAAAACUACGACAUGAAGAGGGACGACCUGGACAGAUAUGUGUUUCUGAUGGGGCUCCAGGACCGCAACGAGAAGCUGUUCUAUCGGGCGCUAACGUCGGACAUCGAGAGGUUCAUGCCCAUCAUUUACACCCCUACUGUGGGCCUGGCCUGCCAGCAGUACGGCCUGAUAUUUAGAAGACCGAGGGGGCUGUUCAUCACUAUUCAUGACCGUGGCCAUAUUUCUACACUGCUCCAGAACUGGCCAGAAAAGGACAUCAGGGCGGUGUGUGUGACGGACGGUGAGAGGAUCCUGGGCCUGGGAGACCUGGGCUGCUAUGGCAUGGGCAUCCCAGUGGGCAAGCUGGCCCUCUACACAGCCUGUGGAGGUAUGCCACCACAGCAGUGCCUGCCUGUCAUGCUGGAUGUGGGCACAGACAAUGAGGAGCUGCUGAAGGAUCCUCUUUACAUUGGGCUGAGACAUAAAAGAGUCCGAGGCCAGGCCUAUAAUGACCUGCUGGAUGAAUUCAUGAAGGCUGUGUCGGACAGGUAUGGAAUGGACUGUCUGAUUCAGUUUGAGGACUUUGCAAAUGUUAAUGCUUUCCGUCUGCUGAGCAAGUACCGCAACAAGUACUGUACAUUCAACGAUGACAUCCAAGGUACUGCUGCUGUGGCAGUAGCUGGACUCCUGGCAGCCCUCCGCAUCACUAAGAGCAAAAUGUGCGACCACACCAUUGUGUUCCAAGGUGCAGGGGAGGCAGCAAUGGGGAUUGCUGAGCUGAUCACAAUGGCCAUGGAGAAGGAGGGACUCGCUAAGGAAGAGAGUUUGAAAAAGAUCUGGAUGGUUGAUUCUAAGGGUCUCAUUGUCAAGGGUCGAGACCACCUGACUCAUGAGAAGGAGAGGUUUGCUCAUGAGCACCUACAGAUGAAGAAACUGGAGGAUGUGGUUCGGGAACUGAAACCCACAGCUAUCAUUGGUGUGGCUGCUGUUGCUGGAGCAUUUUCCGAGCAGAUCAUCAGGGACAUGGCUUCCUUCAAUGAGCGACCAAUCAUCUUUGCCCUCAGCAACCCAACCAGCAAAGCCGAAUGCACUGCUGAGCAGUGUUACACUCUUACUGAGGGGCGGGGCAUCUUUGCCAGUGGCAGCCCAUUUGAUCCCGUCACCCUGCCUGAUGGGAAGACGUUCUACCCUGGUCAGGGUAACAAUGCCUACAUCUUCCCCGGUGUGGGCCUGGGUGUCACCGCCUGUGCCGUCCGACACAUUACUGAGGAAAUCUUCCUCACUGCAGCAGAGGCUCUUGCUCACCUGGUGACGGAGGAGGACCUGAAGGAGGGCAGAUUGUAUCCUCCUCUCAGCUCUAUCGGAAAAGUCUCUCUCAAACUGGCUGUCAAGAUUGUCGAGUAUGCCUAUGAGCACAACAUGGCGACACUUCGCCCGGAGCCGUCCGACAAAGCAGCAUACGUACACUCACUCACCUACAGCACUGAUUAUGAUGAGUUUGUUAUGGACUCGUACCGCUGGCCAGAGGACAGCAUGACUGUGCAGUCAUGCAAACUUUAAUGCACUGGACAGGGAGACAGAAUGAGCCCUUGAGGGGUGUGGUAACUACUGACAUGCAAUAUCAUCACAAGAAGUGAUGUUGGCAUAUGAAACAGGGUGUGUGUAGAAUUUUCUCAUUUAUAUAUUACUGUGAAAUUUAUGCUGACAACACAUGCAGAGUUAUUAGACUUUAAUUUGAAGUCUCCCUCUCCAGUAGUGAAAAGCAUGGUAGUUUAAAAAUACAUAGUCAACAAAAUAGUGAAUAUAUAUAAAUUGUUUAAAAAGGAGGGAAACUGAAAAAAUGUGAAACAGAAAGCAGUUUGCAGGACUUAUGAAAUAUUGCACUAAUAUUUGUUAUCACGUUAUAUUUUACGGUAAUAUAUUUGGGGAAAGUCCUUCACAGGUUAUUUUUAAUCGUACUGUAAUAGGCAGUUACUUUAUGACUGUGUUAGCUAUAAUCCAAGUCAAAUAAAAAUGGUUUUGAUUAAUGUU